GUCCAAUUCAUAGAGUAAGCGCGGGAGUAAACUGUGGCUUCUAUACGCUUUUUUGCGCUAAAAUAUAGUGACUAUUUUAUUCAUUUUGGAAAAUUAUCGUCUUUUUAGUUAUCUAUAUUAUUAUGGGUGGGUAAAACAGGGAAGACAUGCAUGUAUGCGACAGCAUUCAAUUGUUUUCUGAAGAAAAACAAAGAUACACAAUGAGAAACACAAAUUGAUAAUAUUAAUAACAUUCAUCGCAGAUAAAAUCCAGUGUCAAAAUUUAGUUGUCGAACAAAAUAUGCCGCGGCCUAGUCAUGUAUAUCUUCUCUUUUGUUUACAAACUUAGAUUUCCAUUUUCUUUCAGUCUGAUUGGCUAGUUAUCUUGCUACAAUUUGCCUUGAUUUCUUUUCGUCUUCUUUAUUAUUCUGAUUUUGAGAUAUAAUUAAAUAGUCGCAUGAUCUCCUGCUGAACCUCAAUUGGCUUUAUUGGUUUAUUUUUUAUCUAUUCAGUUUGUUGAAUACCGCGGUUGAAUGCUGCUUUCAGUAGGUUCUACGUUACAAUCAAAAUUAUGAUUCAUUCAUAUUUUUUUUCAAUCAGUUAUUUGUUAUCCAAAUCCUCGGUUGACUAUGUAGUCCGCUCGAGAUGAAGCUUGAGGUUACGUCAUUUACUCGUCUUCAUUUGUAUUACGUCAUGACUGAUUACCAGGUAAACAUGUGAUGAUCAGUCAAGAUGAAGCAUCCUCCCAUUCCAAAAAUAAAGAUCGCAUAAGAUCAGCCGAUUUAUCAAAGAAGGGGAUUCUCUUUAUGACAAUUCGAUUUUAUUUUCAAAUAGAAUGAUAUUUUGACAUACGAUUGAACAAUCACAAUUCUGUGUUAUUGAUAUUUAAGCAAAUGUUCAUGGUUCCACUUUAUUAUGUAGUUUAUUCUAUAAAACCUCUUUAAUAUGCCUGAAUUUCUACCUAUUUUGAAAUGUACUCGUCCAUGUUUUUGCUUGAAAGACAUCGUUCCAUGAACGUUUCCAUCCAGCUUCUCCAUAGCGCACACACGCAAAACUCAUGACCAAUUUAUUGUCGUUGCUCAUAAAUCGACCGCAUCGUCUGCUCUGUGUUAACCGGUGCUAGCGACCGAACAAUAGGGGGUAAACAAACAGAUGCAACCAUACGAUACUUGAUUCCAUACGGAGGACAGCGGCGAUCAUCACUUUGCACGCUAUCGCAGCUCACACAGAGAAACAUAUACUCCGCUGAUUUUCUGUCUUUUUCAUCUGUUGGAAUUACACUGAAAUACCAUCAAAAUGAAGAAAUAUUUUAAAUGCUGCUCAAUGGCCAUUUCGGCAAAAUUCAUCAUGUGCUGUCUCUCAAUUCUCUUUUGGUGUGGUUCUGCUGGACUCAUGUACCUCGGUAUUGAGAUGUUUACCUACGCUGGAAACAUCCACCACCUUGCCAGCAACUAUUUCUUGACCAUUCCUGCCAGCGUAUGCAUUGGUCUCAGUCUUCUCUUCCUUACUGUUGGUAUUACUGGCCUUGUUGCUCUCACCAGGGAUGAUGCUCAGUGUUUGAGGAGGAUGUUUGUUGCCUUACUUAUGGUUAUUGUCAUUCUGGAGAUCACAGGAGCCGUCCUUGCUAUUGUCUUCAAGGAGGAGAUCAGCAUGGGUGUUGAGAGGGGUGUUAAUAAUACCAUGACACAUUACAAUGAGAAAGAAAACUACCAGAGGUCAAUGGACUAUGUGCAGGGACAUCUCGAUUGCUGUGGUUCCCACCAUGCUGAGGAUUGGACUACCACACCAUGGGGUAAAGCCCACCCUGACAUGGUUCCAUUGAGCUGCUGUAAGGACAAUGCUACGGCCAACUGCACAGGAUCACUCGUCAACGAGCCAUUCAACAUCAACCAUGAUGGUUGUCAAGAAAAGCUUUAUGAAGACAUCCGGGCAUACCUUGUCUACAUCAUCAUCAUUGCAGUUUUUCUCUUCCUUUUACAGUCUAUGGCACUCUGCUGUACUUGUUACUUGGUAUGCAAGAGACCAGACAAACACUACCAACAGAUCCAGUCACCCAAGCACGAGAAAAGCUAUGGAUACAAGGCUUAAUCAACUGCUCAAAUAGACUUUAAAGCAUGAAUGUUAUCAAGAAGACACAACCCCUCC